AUGCAGCAGCUGAUGAGUUUCCGGGUCCUCUGGGGCAUCCGCAAACCCUUUCACCUUGCCCCUGGCUACCUUCGCUGCCAGCCUUUAUCAGGGGUUGGAGCCCCGAGAUGGAAUGACUACAGUGUACCUGAGGAAUUUAACUUUGCAAGUGAUAUCCUAGACUACUGGACUCAAAUGGAGAAGUCUCGAAUAAUCUUCAUGCCAGGAACAAUCCAGUUGAAGGCCAAGGACAUUCUCUACCGAUUACAAGUGUCCAAAGCCAAGGGCAUCGUGACCACAGAUACCCUUGCCUCAGAGGUGGAUUCUUUAGCUUCCGAGUGUCCUACUCUGAAAACAAAGCUCCUGGUGUCUGACCAGAGCCGUCAAGGGUGGCUGGACUUACGAUCAUUGAUUAAAUCAGCCUCCCCAGAUCGUAUCUGUAUUAAGUCAAAGACUCUGGACCCAAUGGCCAUCUUCUUUACAAGUGGGACCACAGGCUUUCCCAAGAUGGCAAAACACAGUCAUGGAUUUGCCUUGCGAUCCUCUUUCCCUUCAAGCAGGAAAUUGCUGCAACUGAAGACAUCUGAUAUCUUCUGGUGCCUUUCGGACACAGGCUGGAUUCUGGCUGUCCUUGGGUGCCUAUUGGAACCAUGGACAGCAGGGGCUACACUCUUUAUCCAUCAUCUGCCCCAGUUUGACCCCAAGGUUGUAGAGCAGAUGUUGUUCAAAUACCCCAUCACCCAGUGCCUUGCUGUGCCAUUCGUAUAUCGAAUGAUUCUACAGCACAGUUCUACCAGUCUCAGGUUCCCUACCCUGGAGCACUGCAGUGCCGGUGGGGAGGCUCUGCUGCCGGAGGAUCAAGAGCAGUGGAGAAGACAGACAGGCCUUCUGCUCUAUGAGAUCUAUGGACAGUCAGAAACAGGAGUAAGUUGUGGCACUCUCCGUGGAAUGAAGAUCAAGCCAGGUUCCAUGGGGAAAGGCAUCCCCCCCUUCGACGUCCAGAUCAUUGACGACAAGGGCAACAGCCUGCCGUUCAACACUGAAGGCAACAUUGGCAUCAGGAUGAAGCCCACCAAGCCCAUUGGCCUCUUCAUGGGCUAUGAAGACAACCCAGUAAAGACAGCCGAAGUGGAGUGUGGGGACUUUUACAACUCUGGAGAUAGAGCAACUAUGGAUGAAGAGGGCUACAUCUGGUUCCUGGGGAGGAACGAUGACAUCAUCAAUGCCUCUGGGUACCGCAUCGGGCCUGCAGAGGUGGAGAAUGCCCUGGCCGAACACCUGGCUGUGGCUGAAUCAGCUGUGGUGAGCAGCCUGGACCCGAUUCGAAGGGAGGCGGUGAAGGCAUUUAUUGUCCUGACUGUGGAAUUCAUCUCCCAUGAUGGGGACCAGCUCAUGGAGGAGCUGCAGCAGCAUGUGAAGUCAGUGACAGCCCCGUAUAAGUACCCCAGGAAGGUGGAAUUUGUCUCAGAGCUGCCCAAAACCGUCACUGGCAAGAUUAAAAGAAGUGACCUUUGGAAAAACGAGCUUGGUCAGAUGUAA